CGUCAAAAAGAAGUGGAUAGAAGAUGGCAGCCAUUAUUGGGAAGAAGAAUCACUAUCUUUGAUGGCGACAGCGACCAAAAACAUAAGUGGUGGGGCUUAAACAAUUCCAAAUUCUGAUAAUGUGCGACUCCAACUUUUAACGCGGUGGGAUUCUCUUGCCAUAUUCUAGGAUUGUCAAGCAUGGAUUCAGUUGACAGAUCAAGUGAACCCAAAUACGAGUGCCUCCUUUUCGAUAUGGAUGAUACCCUGUAUUCCCUAAGUUCUGGUUUGAACUUGGCCUGCCGCAAGAACAUUGAAGAGUACAUGCUGCAAAACCUUGGCAUUAACGAAAAUGAGGUCCCAAAAAUGUGCCUUGAUCUGUAUAAGGAGUAUGGAACAACAAUGGCUGGUCUCAAGGCCCUGGGGUAUGAAUUUGACAAUGAUGAAUUUCAUCAAUACAUUCAUGGAAGGUUGCCGUACGAAAAAUUGAAGCCUGAUCCUUUUCUUCGCAGCCUGUUACUCUCCAUGCCUCAAAGGAAAAUCAUAUUCACAAAUGCGGACAAGGCUCAUGUUGCCAAUGUUCUGGCUAGACUAGGCCUGGAGGACUGUUUUGAAGGAGUCAUAUGCUUUGAGACGCUUAACCCACCUGUGGAAUUCACUGAAGAAAAUUCAUAUGGUUUUGAAUUUUUAACCAGUGAUAUUCAAGUUGAACCCAAGAGGCUAAGCUCUUUAGUGGAUGAAAAUUUUGAUAUUUGCGAAUCAAGCAAAAUCAGCCUUCCCAAAUUGCCAAUUCUCUGUAAACCAUCUGUAGAAGCGUUUGAAGCUGCCAUACAGAUUGCAAAUGUCAAUCCCAAAAAAACAAUUUUCUUUGACGACAGUGCUCGAAACAUAGCUGCUGCAAAGACUGCAGGCCUUCAUACUGUGCUGGUUGGUGGCUUGGUAGUAGUACAAGGAGCAGAUGUGGCACUGACAAGCAUCCACAACAUGAGAGAAGCACUUCCUGAGAUUUGGCUCUCAGAGGAAGAGAAAGAAGAAGAACAGGCCGAGCUCCUUUACCCUGCAACUCCCAUCGAAACCUUCGUCCUUGCUUAGCUAGGCAAUUGCCACCGUAUAUACAUGACAAGAUCUGAUGGAUAGGAUCCAGCAUACAUACAUACAUAACAAGAUCUGGAUAGGAUCCAGCAUUAGGAUUACAAGAUUGAAUGGAAAGAGUCCAUACUGGUGUUUUCUGGUUUAUAUGUAGUUAAGAUAUAGCCAUUAGUAGAGUAGCAAUUGAUGUGCUCCCCCCUUGUACAAUGAGGGGCAUAUAGUUGUGAAAUUGUGAUGAAGCAUCGGAUAGAAAGAAAAGAAUCAUUUCAAAAC